AGGACCGCCAGGGCUGUGAGGCGGCCUGGGCGCUGGGAGUUGGCGGCCUGCCUGGGCUCACCAGCACAUCUCAUUCCCUGCACCCCCUUCCUCUCAGGGAGCCCCCAGGAUGGUGAGGUGGUUUCACCGAGACCUCAGUGGGCUGGAUGCAGAGACGCUGCUCAAGGGCCGCGGGGUCCAUGGGAGCUUCUUGGCUCGGCCCAGUCGCAAGAACCAGGGCGACUUCUCCCUCUCCGUCAGGAUCAGAGUGGCCAUUCCCGGAUCAGAACUCCGGGAGGGGUGCUAUGACCUGUAUGGAGGGGAGAAGUUUGCGACACUGACGGAGCUGGUGGAGUACUACACACAGCAGCAGGGUGUCCCGCAGGACCGGGAUGGCACCAUCAUCCACCUCAAGUACCCGCUGAACUGCUCCGACCCCACCAGUGAGAGGUGGUACCACGGUCACAUGUCUGGGGGGCAGGCAGAGACACUGCUGCAGGCCAAGGGUGAGCCCUGGACGUUUCUCGUGCGUGAGAGUCUCAGCCAGCCUGGAGAUUUUGUGCUGUCCGUGCUCAGCGACCAGCCCAAGGCUGGCCCAGGCUCCCCACUCAGAGUCACUCAUAUCAAGGUCAUGUGUGAGGGUGGACGCUACACGGUGGGUGGCUCAGAGACCUUUGACAGCCUCACAGACCUGGUGGAGCAUUUCAAGAAGACGGGGAUUGAGGAGGCCUCGGGUGCCUUCGUCUACCUGCGGCAGCCGUACUAUGCCACUCGGGUGAACGCAGCUGACAUUGAGAAUCGGGUGUUGGAACUCAACAAGAAGCAGGAGUCGGAGGACACAGCCAAAGCCGGCUUUUGGGAGGAGUUUGAAAACAAAUGUGUGCCAUAUUGGCCAGAGGUGGGCACUCAGCGCGCUUAUGGACCGUACACAGUAACCAAUUGCAGGGAGCACGACACAGCUGAGUACAAACUCCGUACCUUGCAGGUCUCCCCGCUGGACAAUGGGGACCUGGUUCGGGAGAUCUGGCACUAUCAGUACCUGAGCUGGCCUGACCAUGGUGUCCCCAGCGAGCCUGGGGGUGUCCUCAGCUUCCUGGAUCAGAUCAACCAGCGGCAGGAGAGUCUGCCUCAUGCGGGACCCAUCAUUGUGCACUGCAGCGCAGGCAUUGGCCGCACGGGCACUAUCAUCGUCAUCGACAUGCUCAUGGAAAGCAUCUCCACCAAGGGGUUGGACUGUGACAUCGACAUCCAGAAGACCAUCCAGAUGGUGCGGGCGCAGCGCUCCGGCAUGGUGCAGACCGAGGCGCAGUACAAGUUCAUCUAUGUGGCCAUCGCCCAGUUCAUUGAAACCACCAAGAAGAAGCUGGAGGUCAUUCAGUCCCAGAAGGGCCGGGAGUCAGAGUACGGGAACAUCACCUACCCCUUAGCCAUGAAGAACGCCCAUGCCAAGGCAUCCCGCACCUCUUCCAAACACAAGGAGGAUGUAUAUGAGAACUUGCACAGUAAGAACAAGAAGGAGGACAAGGUGAAGAAGCAGCGGUCGGCGGACAAGGAGAAGAGCAAGGGUUCCCUCAAGAGGAAAUGAGGCGGGCCUCAGCCCUGAUCCCUGCAGAGGCCUCCGGUGGGCCAACCCACGGCCGGAACUGAGGAGCCCGCCCCCAUUCUAUUGUAAUUUAAGUGGCUGUGUCCCUACUUCCCUCUUCCUGACCCUGUAUAUAGCCCCGCGCGCGAGACUCCAGGCAGCAUCAGGCCCUAUACUCUUGUAAAUAAAGCCCCUAGGAUCACUGUGUGUGGUUCUCUAA